AUGGAUGUUCCACUGCCACUGCAAAGACCAUUGAGUUGCAGCAAUAGUGUUUCCACUGAAAGAACCCACCUCAACAUCAAACCUUUUCUUGGUUUUGUCCCUCGUGGAACCACAUGUCUAUCCGUACAAUCUUCUUCAUGGAGGAACGAUGGAAUGGUUGCUGGAGUUUCAUAUCCAUUUUGUGCAAAUUUCUCCAGAAGAAGACAGAGAAAACUUUCAACUCCUAGGAGUCAAGGCUCUUCACCAAAGGGGUUUGUGCCAAGGACGCCUUCAGGGACGAGCACACAAAAAAGGGAUCAGAAGAGCAAUGGUGAUAAAGAAAGUCAAAGUACUUCAUCAUCCAAAGAACCGGAAAUUUCCAACCCCAAGACGAUUGAAGCAAAAGUUGAAACUAGUGAUGAUGGCACUAAACAAGUGGGAAGGGACCGCAAGUCUCAGGAGGAGGAGGAUGAAUUCAAUGGUGCCACUAAAUCAGUAAGUCUAUCACCUGUUUGUGGAUCAACUCAAUUUGUUGGAAGUGGAGAAACUGGUGACGAUGACGUGGGUGCUGUAAAUUUAAAUAAAUCAAAUAGAACGGAAGAGAGUGAUUUUCAAAUUGAUUUUGUAAUAAGAGAACAAAGUGGAGGUGAUUACUCCGAAAAUACUCAGGGGAAAACUAGCAAGGGCAGCCUCGCUUUGGGUACACCACUUUCUGAGAUAUUGCAGCUAGAUAUUCAUGGAGGUUAUAAAGUUGAACAAUACAAUCACGAUGAGUUGGAUGAGACACAAAAACUGAAAGAAAAUGAUGAUGGGAAUGUUGAAGAUAAAAGACCCUUAGCAAGAGAGCUGUUGGAAAUGACUAAGCCUAGCAAUGUGGAAUUUACUGAAAGCAAUGAGAUCGCUGACGUAGACAGUAAUAGUUUCUUAAAACAAGAUUCAGUUGACGAGAGUGAGCCAUCAACUGUAGGAACAUUAGAGACUGAAGAUAUUUCUCUGAAGUUAAGAUUGGAGAUGGAAGCAAAUCUACGCAGGCAGGCUAUAAAAAGGCUUGCCGAGGAAAAUUUAGUGCAAGGAAUCAGAUUGUUUUGUUUCCCAGAGGUUGUAAAACCCGACGAAGAUGUCGAAAUAUUCCUUAACAGGAGUCUUUCCACUUUGAAUAAUGAACCUGAUCUCUUGAUUAUGGGAGCUUUUAAUGACUGGCGGUGGAGAUCUUUUGCUACAACACUAACUGAGACUCAUCUCAGUGGAGAUUGGUGGUCUUGCAAGAUCCAUGUUCCGAAGGAAGCAUACAAGAUUGAUUUUGUGUUUUUUAAUGGAAAGGAUGUCUAUGACAACAAUGAUAAUAAUGAUUUCAGUAUAACUGUGGAAGGUGGAAUGCAAAUUCUUGAUUUUGAAAAUUUCUUGCUCGAGGAGAAACGGAGAGAACAGGAGAAACUUGCUAAAGAACAAGCUGAAAGAGAAAGACUAGCAGAAGAACAAAGGCGAAUAGAAGCAGAGAAAGCUGCACUUGAAGCUGAUAGAUCACAGGCAAAGGAAGAGGCUGCAAAGAAAAGGGAAGUAUUGCAAGCACUGAUGGCAAAAGCCUCGAAGACUCGUGAUAUCAUCUGGUAUAUAGAACCAAGUGUAUUUAAAUGUGAGGAGAAGGUCAAGUUAUACUAUGACAAAAGUUCAGGUCCUCUCUCUCAUGCCAAGGACUUGUGGAUCCAUGGAGGAUAUAACAACUGGAAGGAUGGUUUGUCUAUCGUUGAAAAGCUUGUUAAAUCUGAGAGAAUAGAUGGUGAUUGGUGGUAUACAGAGGUUGUCAUCCCUGAUCGGGCACUUGUCUUGGAUUGGGUGUUCGCUGAUGGUCCACCCAAGCAUGCCAUUGCAUAUGAUAACAAUCAUCACCAAGACUUCCAUGCCAUUGUCCCCAAGCACAUUCCAGAGGAAUUAUAUUGGGUUGAGGAAGAACUUCAGAUCUUCAAGACACUUCAGGAGGAGAGAAGGCUUAGAGAAGAGGCUAUGCGUGCUAAGGCUGAAAAAGCAGCACGUAUGAAAGCAGAAACAAAGGAAAGGACUAUGAAAUCAUUUUUAUUGUCUCAGAAGCACAUAGUGUACACUGAGCCUCUUGAUGUCCAAGCUGGAAGCAGCGUCACAGUUUACUAUAAUCCCGCCAAUACAGUACUUAAUGGUAAACCUGAAAUUUGGUUCAGAUGUUCAUUCAAUCGUUGGACUCACCGCCUGGGUUCAUUGCCGCCUCAAAAAAUGUUGCCUGCUGAAAAUGGCACCCAUGUCAAAGCAACUGUGAAGGUUCCAUUGGACGCACAUAUGAUGGAUUUUGUAUUCUCUGAGAGAGAAGAUGGUGGAAUUUUUGACAAUAGAAGUGGAAUGGACUAUCACAUACCUGUGUUUGGAGGAGUCGCAAAAGAACCUCCGAUGCAUAUUGUUCAUAUUGCUGUCGAAAUGGCACCUAUUGCAAAGGUGGGAGGCCUUGGUGAUGUUGUUACUAGUCUUUCCCGUGCAGUUCAAGAUUUAAACCAUAAUGUGGAUAUCAUCUUACCUAAGUAUGACUGUUUGAAGAUGAAUCAGGUGAAGGACUUUCAGUUUCACAAAAGCUACUUUUGGGGUGGGACUGAAAUAAAAGUAUGGUUUGGGAAGGUGGAAGGUGUCUCCGUCUACUUUUUGGAGCCUCAAAACGGGUUAUUUUGGAAGGGGUGUGUAUAUGGUUGUAAUAAUGAUGGUGAAAGAUUUGGUUUCUUUUGUCACGCGGCUUUGGAGUUUCUUCUGCAAGGUGGAGUUCAUCCGGAUAUCAUCCAUUGCCAUGAUUGGUCUAGUGCUCCCGUUGCGUGGCUCUUUAAGGAACAAUAUACACACUAUGGUCUAAGCAAGUCUCGUAUUGUCUUCACAAUACACAAUCUUGAAUUUGGUGCAGAUCUCAUUGGGAAAGCGAUGACUUAUGCAGACAAAGCUACAACAGUAUCACCAACUUACUCAAGGGAGGUGUCUGGAAACCCUGUAAUUGCACCUCACCUUUACAAGUUCCAUGGUAUAGUGAACGGGAUUGACCCAGAUAUUUGGGACCCGUUGAACGAUAAGUUCAUUCCGAUUUCAUACACCUCGGAAAAUGUCGUUGAAGGCAAAACAGCAGCCAAGGAAGCUUUGCAGCAAAAACUUGGACUGAAACAGGCCGACCUUCCUUUGGUAGGAAUAGUCACCCGCUUAACUCACCAAAAAGGAAUCCACCUCAUCAAACAUGCUAUUUGGCGCACCCUGGAACGGAAUGGACAGGUGGUCUUGCUUGGUUCUGCUCCUGAUCCUAGGAUACAAAAUGAUUUUGUUAAUUUGGCAAAUCAAUUGCACUCCACAUAUAAUGACCGUGCACGGCUCUGUCUAACAUACGAUGAGCCACUUUCUCACCUGAUAUAUGCUGGUGCUGAUUUCAUUCUAGUCCCUUCAAUAUUUGAGCCAUGUGGACUAACACAACUUACGGCGAUGAGAUAUGGUUCAAUUCCAGUUGUGCGUAAAACUGGAGGACUUUAUGAUACUGUAUUUGAUGUUGACCAUGAUAAAGAGAGAGCACAACAGUGUGGUCUUGAACCAAAUGGAUUCAGCUUUGAUGGAGCUGAUGCUGCCGGAGUUGAUUAUGCUCUGAAUAGAGCUCUGUCUGCUUGGUAUGAUGGUCGAGAUUGGUUCAACUCUUUAUGCAAGCAGGUCAUGGAACAAGAUUGGUCUUGGAACCGACCUGCUCUUGAUUAUUUGGAGCUUUACCAUGCUGCUAGAAAGUUAGAAUAGUUAGUUUGCGAGAUACUAGCAGAAAGAUUCGUGGGAUUUUGCAAUCUGUACAGGUUCAGUGUUAGUGUUUGGACUACAUUUCUUUUCCUAUAGCAAAGUAUAAUGCAAAUCUACCCUGAGAUCAAUAGCAAUGCAAAUCUACCCUGAGAUCAAUAGCAGACAAUAGUCAGUUAAGUAAAUUUUUUGCAUAUGAAAUAGUUUUGCCUCAAAUAAUGUAGUCUAUUGAUGCUUAUUCAUUUUUAGAAGAAAUGAGAAAUCAAAGGAUGCAAAAUACUCUCA